AUGGAAGCUGAAAAGCCAAAGAUGAUCUAUAGACCUCUCGGUAACACCGGACUCAAUGUCUCCAUUCUCUCAUAUGGUACAUGGUUGACUGCUCAUGAUGAGAAAGCUGAAGCUGACAUCAUUGAGUGCAUGAAGAAAGCCUGGGAACUUGGAGUGAACACCUUUGAUACUGCUGAGAUAUACGGAAAGGGUACUGCAGAGACCAUCAUGGGUAAAGGCCUGAAAGCAAUCGGAGCUGCAAGAGAAGAUCUAGUCAUCACCACCAAACUGAUGCACUGUGGAAGUGGUCCUAAUGAUUCCUUGCUCAGCAGAAAGCAUCUGGUAGAAGGUGUGAAGAAUUCUUUGAAGAGACUUGACCUUGAAUACGUUGAUGUUAUCUUCUGUCACAGACCAGAUACUCAGACAACAAUGGUAGAGACUUGCAGAGCUAUGGACUGGAUUGUUGAGGAAGGGUAUGCCUUCUACUGGGCUACCUCUGAGUGGACUGCAGAUCAGAUUGCUAGAGCCAUGGAGAUCUGUGAGAAGGAGGAUCUCAACAAGCCAAUUGCUGAUCAAUGUCAAUACAAUGCGAUCAAAAGAGAGAAUUUCGAGAAGAAUCUUAGACACUCUUAUGAGAACUAUAAAUACGGAACCACCAUCUGGUCUCCACUUGCUAUGGGACUUCUGACUGGUAAAUACAACAGUGGAGAGUUCCCAGAAGGAUCAAGAUUCCAUCCUGACUCCGGCCAGAGCCAUUUCUUAUCCAGCUACUUUGGCAAAGAUAACAAAGAUAAGGAUACAGUUCUUGAGAAAAUGAACAAGUUCACUAAGAUUGCUGAAGAAGUUGGAUGCACUACUUCCCAGCUUGGUCUUGCUUGGACUCUUGCCAACAGAGAUGUAAGCACUUGCAUCUUUGGAGCUACCAAGGUUAGCCAGGUCGAAGAUAACAUGGGCGCUCUUGAAAUAGCUUCAAAGUGGACUGAAGAGCUUGAAGAGAAGAUUGAAGAAGUUCUUGCUAAUCAGCCAGAGCCAGAGAUGGACUAUAACACCUGGGCUGCAAGAAGACCAAGAAGAAAAGUUGCAUUGGAUUAUAACAUACCAAGUCUUAAGGAAUAA